CCCCUACUCUUUGGAAACCCCCCCUUUCUCUCUUAUGUUCUUCCCUAACUAAUAUACAAAAAGCAAGAAUUAAUUUUAUGUAUAGUUAGUUGCUCUGCAUGUGCUCUGCCAUCGCACAGUUUGCUUUUUAUGAUAAUAAUCGCACCGCCCAUUUCUCUCUUUACAAUCUUAUUCUGUCAUAUAACUGCAAUUUGAUUCUCUAUACACCCCCUUUUCGAACUAUAUAAAAGCUCUCGCGCUGUUUUUGAAAUUAUAGUCAUAAAAAAAAAACAGAGAAAAUGGGUGAACAAAUCAUGGAGCAAGCAAAGGAAGAAGUAAAAGUAGAGGAGAAAAAGGAAGAACAAACAGAGGAGAAGAAAGAAGAGAAAGUAGAAGAGAAAAAAGAAGAGCCAAAACCAUCUCCCCCUUUCAUUUUGUACGUGGACUUGCAUUGUGUGGGAUGUGCCAAGAAAAUUGAGAGGUCUAUUUCAAGGAUUAGAGGGGUUGAAGGGGUAGUGAUAGACAUGGCCCAAAACCAAGUAACAAUAAAGGGAGUAGUAGAGCCACAAGCAGUGUGCGACAGUAUUACGAAGAAAACAAAGAGAGUUGCAAAAGUAUUGUCACCCUUGCCAGCAGCUGAGGGUGAACCAAUUCCUGAAGUUGUUGCUUCACAGGUAAGUGGAUCGACUACGGUGGAGCUUAACGUCAACAUGCAUUGUGAGGCUUGCGCCGAGCAACUUAAAAAGAAGAUUCUCAGAAUGAAAGGAGUGAGAAGUGCGGAAACAGAAGCCAGCACGGGAAAAGUAACGGUGACAGGCACCAUGGACGCCGAUAAGCUCGUCGAGUAUGUCUAUAGACGCACCAAAAAGCAAGCCAAAAUUGUCCCUCAACCCGAACCCGAAGAACCAAAGCCUGAAGAGUCCAAACCCGAAGACACAAAGCCAGCUGAAGAAGCUAAACCCGAAGAGAAGAAAGACGACGAAAAGAAAGAAGGUGGCGACGGUGAAAAACCACCGGAGGAAGAAAAGAAAGAAGGUGAAGAAGAGGAAGAACAAAAAGGAGAAGAGAUCAUUCCAAUUGGAGAUAUUCAUGAUCAACACACCAUCAAUAAGAUGAUGCUUUAUUAUCCGUAUCAACCACUUUACGUUAUUGAAAGAAUCCCACCUCCGCAGCUCUUCUCUGAUGAAAACCCUAAUGCAUGUUGCAUUACAUAAUAACCAUGCAAUCAAUAAUAGUACUUAAUCGAUCCCACACUGAGUUUUUAUGAUAUUGUGGGAUGAUGAUUAAACACGUAGGAAGUAUUUCAUUUGUUGUAUGGAUGGUCAUGUGAAGGGGAUAUAUUAAUUUUCCCUAGAUGAAUAAUGAUAAAUACCAAUAUUUAUCGUGUAAUACCUAGUCUUGAACAUAGUACUUCAAGAGUAGCUACGUUACAUCAUUGUUGUUUUUUCUGUUAUGUAUAUAUACUAUUAUAAGUAUUGUUGUUUUUUCUGUUAUGUAUAUAUAAUAUUAUAAGUAUUAAUUACCA